UCAAAAUCCUCGUGUAUCUUGAUGUAUUAAUAAUAGCAAAAACAUACGACAAAGUUUCAAUAACCGUAAAGAUCCUAUUAUCGAACGAAUUUGUCAACGAAUUCAUCUGUGAUUUCAUCUUGAAGUAAUCUCUUUCAGAGUGAUUUCGAGAAUGUUUAUAUCGUUUACAGAAAAUUUUGUUGCCUAAUCGAUUAAAUCAUGACAGUCGUUUCCUUGGAUUCUGAUGUGAUGACAUUUAUCAUGAUAUCGAGUGCAGUCGAUUCAUUUUCGCGGAUAAUCGAGUAUGAAUCUUCCUUUGCAAAAACGAAGAAUUUCAAGGUUAAGUACAGGAUCUGACACGUGAUUGUUUGAUAUGUAGUUAAAUUGUAUACGGUACGGUUAUAUAUGUUAUUUUAUAUCAUAUACUACAGUGAUUUCAAUCGAUCAAAUGAACUGGACUUGAUGUUUAUUGAAUAUACCACGUGUCGGUAGUAUCGGUGGCGUGCAUGACCGGACGCAAUUACGAUCGAGACAUUAUAAUGAAUUAUGCAACAUCAUGUCAAUUCGAAGAUUACCAAGUUUGGACGUUUUAUUCUCUCGUGUCAAUGCUUGGUUUGCGUUCAUUCACUUCUUGUGAUAUCCAUUGAAAACGUGAAUUGUGUAUUGAAAGCCAUCACGAAAUGAACGAUGUGUUAUGACAUGAUAUCGAUAAAUAUCUUAUAAAAAUGUGUUACAUGGUUAUGUUCGUUUUAAGCACAAAAUUGUGAAAUCUCGAAAACGUUCGAUUGAAAAAAUAUUUCUUUUAAAGUGAACGGUUAUCUAAUCCAUUUCGUGAAUUAUCGAACGGUAUGAAGUUUGAGGUUUGUUGCUUCGAUUUGUACGCGUGUGUUGUUUCCUCUUAUUAACGCAUACGAAACACGUGCCUUUAUUUUUUUGUACUCUUUUCAUUGUGCUAUCACGAAAAUCGUGUUCAAAGCAAAUAUUAUAUCAUUAUUAAGAGAUCAUAGACUCGAUUUAGGCGGGAAAGUAACAUCAUAGAACGAAUUCGAUAUCGAGUUUUUACUGCGCAACGUGUUCGCGUCAACGUAUUUCUCGUUUGAAAUCGAGAUGUGGAGAUGGAAAUUUUAAUCAAACGGUAUGAAGUGACGGUUAUGAAUUCGAAUGCUGACUGAGUUAAGUUGUGAAAUUUUUACGCGAAAAAGUGACAAAGUGUAAAAAGUGACGGAAGAAUUUUGAAGUUAACCUCCCAAGAGAACCAAAAAUUGGAUAAUCGUCAUGGCUUACGUGCUCUGGCGGGUUUUUAUGAAGAGAUACUCGAAGGUGCGGCUUGGACUCAGGAAUCUUCCUGUAAUACCGGCAGAGCGACGUGGGCCAGAGAAAGAAGAGACCUGGACCCUGGCCCCGGACCAAAGCGGGGACACGUGUACGUUCUUCGACGACGUAUCUGACGCGAAACCUAAACCGAUCCAAGAUGCGGACAAUCCGCAAUCUCGGAUCCUCGAUCCUUGCGAGACCCAGCAAACCAGCCAACAAUUCCCCCAAGAGCAUCCAGAGACCGGAACGUUGCCGCGUAGCCAGGAGACGAGGAAGAGCAAAACGAAAAAGGUGAAGAGUUACCUGAGGAAGUGCAAAGGCGCUCUGUCCAAAGGUGACGAGGUGUCCACGGAGAAGAAACGGCAGGAGCACUGUACCUCCUGGUACCUGGACGAGUCCCAUCAAGAGGACCCGGACAACACCUUCCACCUUGCGAAACAGUCGGAAUUCCCGGAUGAGAGGAUCGCGGAGGAGGCCUCCUCCGCUCUGACGACAGCGGACGAGGACGGAAGAAGGGGGCCGUUGGAAGACGUGUCCUCCCCGGUGACCAAUCUCUCGAAGGAGGUGGAAGGAGGUGGCGAGGCCAACGACGAAACUCUGGCGAGGCUGGGCGAGGACGAGGGCCGGGCGAGCGAGCUGAGGAGGAGCCGGACGUCCUUGUACGAGGACGCCAGGGAUUCCAUGAACGACAGAGAGUGCAUUGGUGAGGAGAGUUGCAAGCGGAACGACGCGAUCUCCCUCGAGACCCUGACCACGGAGGAAAUCACGAAUUUGAACAAGUGUGACUCGAACGACACACUGAUUGCGGAAGUGGCGGCCAACGGCCCGCCUCUCGUCGAGGAGGGAAAGGAGGAAGAGAGCGAGGAGGUGGACGGCGAGACGCUGCGGGCCCUGUCUCUGUUUGGGGGUCGCGGAGACGUCGCAUCGUUGGUCCGGAACUUGCUCGGCCCGAUUUACGGCGAUGGCGUUAUCAAUCUGUUGAUAAGGCAGGCCCGGGACAUCCUGGUGUGCGCUUAUCACGGCAACUUGGAGAACUUCCUCAAAACUUAUCUGUCACCGGCCGCGACCCUUUUGGCGGAAGUGAAGUCGGCGGCCGCCUCUGAGAUGGGGAACGAGUCGGUGAUACCGGAAGGCUGGCCUCUGACGUUGGGAAGACGUGGCCUCGUCCUGCAGCUAGGAGAGCUCGAGGCCUCCGCGCUACGUCUCGGGGAAUGUUACCUUUGCAUACGCAGCGCAGCUGCAGUUGCAACCACCUCAGGGAGCGGCGAAGUUGCCGCUGGUGACGAGCGGAAUACCGUCGAGAUUGCAGUAGUUUGGCGAACGACGUCGAUGAGGGCCCCAGGUUUCCUCGGCUGGGACCGCGAGGAGGAGUUCAUGGACUGGCGGGAGGUGUCUCGAAAGGGGCAGGGGAGUAGCGAUACGGCGAGCGGCAGCCUGGCCGGGCCGCAAUCGUCGGGGACCGCGAAGAGCAUGCGGCCCAGGCGGCGUUCGCGCGAGGAGGUGCGCUCGAGGACGCGCGAGCAGGGCUGCGUGUUCGAGCAUCGCCGCGACGAGACCCGCUCGAUCGAUCGCCUCGAGUGCAAGGGCUCGAACGAGGGGCGGGAGGAACGCAGGAAGAACGAGAUCGACGGCGGCCACGCGGUCAUGAAGUCGAGAUCGACGUCGAGCGUGGGCACGUGGAAGGCGGAAUUGGAAACGGGGGAAUCGAACGGAACGAGGACAAGCCCGUCGAACCACUCUUCUAGUCUUUCCGGCGACGAGAGUCGCGCCAAAGUGAAGAGGUGCGCCAAGGUCGUCUCCUCGAUGACCAUGGAGAAGUGGAAGGAGACGGCCAGGUGCGAGACGAGGAGCAAACCCCUCGCCCCCGACGAUUUGACGACACCGUUGAGACUGGACGAGGCUGUUCUCGAGAAGAAGAAGAAGCAGGGUGGGACAGGAGUCGGGGAAGGUGAGAAUAGGUUGCACAACUUGAGGAGCGUGGACGACGUGGAGGAUGACGAGCUGCCAGCGUUCAUUGGCAAUCUUUUGGUCUCCGUGGAGAGGAAAAUCGAGAGAGUUUCCUUGGACGAUUUGACGUUCCCCUGCCCGGCGUGCAGGAAUAUAGACACCGACGAUCCGUUGCUGGGUUGUAGGUGCGCUGGUGACGAUUGCAGCUGCGGGGAGGAUACUUGCGAUUGUUCGCCCUCGGCCAAUAAGAGGAAGGAACAAUCGACGAGGAGCUUCGAGAUCGCUGGUAUCAAGCACAUCGACAGCGACGACGAGGAGGAGGUGCGGAUGGGAUUCGGAACGAAAAAGAGAGUGGACGAUGUGGUAGCGCCCAGGACCAUUCACGACAUACCGGAACACGUUCUCACGUGUGGCCUCACGCUUCCUGGCUGCACGGACAUCCAUGGCAGACCCGUUCUCGAAUUCGAGGACGAGCCGUCCAGAAGGGAGGCCCUCUCUGUCAAGGAAGUGUCAUCGUUUCUGCUCUACCUCGCCCGUUUACCCAGCUCCGACGUUGCCAAGAAUGGAUUCACCCUUCUGGUUCGAGGGCACGCUCCCGAAUGCCUGGAAUUUCUCGACAGGGUUCUGAAACUCGUCCAGGGACGAGCGAACGUUUCUCAAGCGUUACUUGUGCACAGUUCUGUCGCCGAGGGCUCGAUCAACUCGCAGUUACCUUUGAGCUGCGUCAAGACGACUAUCGUUGAUGAGGGCGCUUUGAGAGAACAUAUACCCAGGCUGGAGCGGAGCCACGACCAGACGCAAUGGAUUGCGUUUUAUAAGGACUACGACGGAUUAAUGGCGGAAUGGCAAUCGGCUGGUCGCAGGCUCGCCCUCGAAAUGUCAGAACUGAAGGAAUGCACUACCCUGUCCGGCACGUUGACGCCUCUCGGUCGGCUCCUGACGGAUCCUUCAUUGAGAAGAACGUCUCGAGAUGCUGAGGAAGCGAUCGCUUCUCUAGAGGAACGCGCGGCACCCCUUAUUCAUCUCGAUUACAUUAGAUUGUCGGUGAAACGGGCACGGAGGCUGGUGGAGGAGGUCGGGAACGCAGCCACCAGGCUCGAAUCAUCGUUCGAGUCCCGCCGCGCGACUAUAAGGAAUCUUGCGGUUCUCAGGAGUAUCGAGGACCAGGCGCACGAGGUGUUAUCUUGGUUUUGCAAAAAAGGCGAGGACGUGCUCACGAAACACGGGCAACACGCGGCGACGAACUUGACAGCGGCGCGACUUCACGAGAGGGAAUUCGAGAAAUUUUAUUUCACGUCGAUGAGACAUCUUGACAAAGGAAGCGACCUUGCCGAGGCGGCGAGUGCGAGCGGACUUCGCGAACUCGCAAGAUCCUUGAAGCAUCACCUUCGAGGAUUCGGUUCCCGGUUAGAGGACAGGCGCGAGUACCUCGAAGACACGUCGAGAUGUUGCCUGCUUCAAGAUCGGGCGUACGAGUGGGCCCAGGAGGCACGCCUUGCCGGCGAACGAGGGGCCCAGCAGUUCCUGAUGGCCAGACCACCCUUGCCGCCCGAGCAUUUCACAGAAAUGAUGGCACUCGCCGAGAAGCUCGGUAACGAAAUCCUUCUGGAACAAUGCCGCAUCGCCAGGAACAAGUGUGCGGAAGCGCUCGAGAUGGCGAGGACCACCUCAGCACCUGGCAGCCCCGCCAGAAGAAGAUCCUCCUCGGAGUCUGCCACCUCUUGGGAAGACAGUUUGACCAAGAGAACUUCAUGGGAUGACAGCGACAGUAAUGCAUCGUACGCUUGUCCCAUGGAGAGCGUAGGAUCGACAGGAAGCGGCGGUCGUCCUGUACUGGACAACAUUGCAGAGCUUCGAGAGAGCGCCGAACAGCUGCUCGAUUGCUCUCCACCACGAACGCCACCCCGAAGUCCUGCUCCUAGACGGUUGGUGAAGCCACCGGUGAACUCACACCUUCACAGAGCUGCCAGCAUCGCUCCUGGAAUGAAGGCGAAAAAAACAAUACUGCUCAUAAUGAGAGAAAUGAUACAGACCGAACGAGACUACGUGAAGUCCCUCGAAUACAUAAUAGAGAAUUAUAUUCCGGAGCUGGUGAGAGAGGACAUUCCUCAGGCGCUCAGGGGACAGCGCAACGUGAUCUUCGGCAAUGUCGAGAAGAUAUACGAGUUCCAUGGUCAGCAUUUCUUACGGGAAUUGGAACAAUGCGAGCAGUCGCCAAUGAAUGUGGGACAAUGUUUCCUUAGACACGAGAAGAAAUUCUAUCUUUAUGCGCUAUACAACAAGAACAAACCAAAUUCAGAUUCCCUGAUGGCCGAGUACGGCACUGCGUUCUUUAAGCAAAAGCAGCUCGAGCUUGGUGACAAGAUGGACCUCGCUAGUUAUCUAUUGAAGCCAGUUCAACGAAUGGGAAAGUACGCACUGCUAUUGCAACAGCUGGUCAAAGCGGGCACUGAUCUCUCGGAACAAAUGUCCGGCAAAGACGACAAGGACGAAAAGGACGACGGUAUGAAGCCAAUAGUCGAGGGAGAAGCAGAAUUGAGGGCAGCCGAACAGAUGGUACGAUUCCAGUUACGUCACGGAAACGACCUGUUGGCGAUGGAUUCACUGCGAGAUUGCGAUGUGAACGUGAAGGAACAAGGAAGACUGCUUCGUCAAAACGAGUUCUUAGUAUGGCAGGGUAAAGGCAAAAAGUGCCUACGACAAGUUUUCCUGUUCGAAGACCUUAUUCUAUUCAGCAAAGCGAGAAGAUUCCCCGACAGAAAGAACCUCGAUAUCUACAUCUAUAAGCAUAGUAUCAAAACAACGGACAUCGGGUUAACAGCCGUGAUCGCGGACUCACCUACGAAGUUCGAGAUUUGGUUCCGCAAGAGGAAACCAGGCGAUACUUACACAUUGCAGUGUGCAAGCGAAGAGAUUAAGAAAGCCUGGACGGAGGAACUGAGCAACCUUUUAUGGAAGCAGGCGCUGCGAAACAGAGAAGUGCGCCUGGCGGAAAUGUCGAGCAUGGGCAUCGGAAAUAAACCUUGUUUGGACAUUAGGCCUAGCGCGGAUCAAAUUAAUGAUCGUUCUAUUAGUGUAGCUCAACUCUCGAAAACACCUAGAUUUAGAAACUCGAUAGCAGUAUCAAUGUCAGAGGAUUCGGGACGCUGUAGCAGAAGGCCGCACAGUGUUAUUUCCGUGAGUUCAUCGUCGAGUAGCGGCGGAAGUAGCGGCCCUCCAACGACACUGAAUCUUGGUUUGGAUACAAGUCCUCGACCUCAUCAUCGCAGUACUACCCUCAAUAGCCAAUGUAGUGUUGAGAGUGGCAUAAUAGCUGAUAUUUCGAUCGUCUCGGAUGAUGGUGGCGAUGGAACUGAAAGAAGUCAUUGGAACUCUACUCUAGAAAGUCCCACCUACCAUUUGCCAACGACAUCGACACCUCUUCAAUCACCGACCAGCGCAACCGCGACAGCAACAGUUACCUCGGCUUCUUCGUCCGACACGAAUCUUACUCCAUAUGAUCAAGACAUGUCUAUUAAUUUAUAAGUGUCACCCUCUGAAAAAGAUGGCGUGACUUUGAUAUAGAAGAGUAUAUAUAUAUAUAUAUAUAUAUAUAUAUAUACAUGUUGUCGAUUCACUUGCAAGUUGUUUUAUAGUGAAUGCAGUGUGAUUCACCCGAAUUGCAUACAGUUUUCCAAUGGAAAGUGGCAACGUCUACGUAUUCGUAUAACUGAAUAGAGAGUAUUAGAGCGCGUAUUUUUCUUGGGCAAUCAUAGUUCGAUGAAUGACUAUGAGCUAUGAGUGAUGUGUAAAAUGGUGUAAACACACAGUCCAAUUAGAUUACUGUAUUACGCUUAUCACGUGAGUUCCGUAACAAGCGCCUCUUGCAAAAGAUUUAAAACGGAUUCUCCGUGUUACAAAGUUUGUAAAGAGGAACACUCAUGCGUAUAUAUAUAUAUGCUCAUACAUACAUAUUCACACACAUUCACAAUAUACCUUUGUGUCCCAGACAGAAAGCUCAACUUUCAAGUGAAUUUAUCUUUUGAUACGCUUCGAAUUUCAUUGAUCUAUAAGCGAUCGGAUAUAUAGUUAUCACGUCUGAAUUUUAUAAACCAUUGAUUUUUCAGAAGUAACGGCGACGUGUAUUUUCUUAUACUAUCUCCUCAAAUCCACCAACGUGCUCAAGAGAAAGAUCAUAAAUAAAAAUGUGUUCCGACAGAAUCUAUAUGUGUAUAGCUGCAUGUUUCACAAUGUGCUGCAGUAUCGCAAACAGUAUGCACUGGUUGCCAUUAUUCUCAUAAACAUUGGCAUUCCUGAUUAAUCAGUGAUUGAGAAUAUUAUCUCGAAUUACCGACCAAUUUAUGUAUGGUACUUUUAUACUUUAUUUAUAUGUUUAGUGAAUAAAUAUUGAUAUUCCAUGUCCACAUUGUGUUCGCGCUUACUAUUAUGAAUUAAAGACGUAAUCGUUAAAUUACGUCAUAGUCGAGUAUACAAAGAUUUUUUUUUUUUUUUAUAUAUAUAAAACCUGAAGAUCGAUUUUUAUUUCAUAUUAUCAUUCUCUUCAGGAAUUCCAUUAAUAUCAAAAUCAUUGUUCGUCUUCUUGUCGAAUGCGUUUUCAACAAAAUGCGCGUCCGACAGAACACAUCCUUUCAGGAAUGUCAAAACAAUGCGCACACAUACAUACCACUUUGUAAUAUAAUGUAAUAUUAAAGGUUUAUACGAUAUAGCCACAAGUAAUAUAACCGAUAGUCUAAAUAUAUAUUAUUUCCAGAUUAUAUAUUAAAUAUAUAUAAUAUUAUAUUCUUUUUAUGU